AUGCUUUGGUUAUUCGACGAGGCCAUCCCGCUAGCUCUCGAUCCAUCCACCCUCUUGGCUGGUGUCUCCACGGAUCCGUAUAAGGAUGUUUUGAGACGCCUUCUGACUAUGUUUGUACGCUUUCAAAAGCGUAACUACAUCACCUUGACGUACUUUUUGCUUGGCUCAUUGGAGUCUGGAAGGCUGCCCCCCAAGAUUAUUCCGCACCUAUCCAGCGAGGAUAUGGAGGUCUUCAACUCCGUACUCCGUAAUGCAACACGACAUCAGGAUACUCACGACCAAGUCGCCCGGAAAGCUCUCUACCUCACGGCGACAAACGUCUCCGUCACUCACAGCCUUGCAUCAUUCACGAAUGUACAGCAACUCGAGAGCGCGCUCGAGUUCGAACAACUCGGUCUCACAACUUACCGUCGACAGGCAAUUCUUGACAUCUUUGAUGGCUUGAAGAGGAAGUUUGAGAUUGCGUGCGGGCAGGGAUCAAAAGACGUGGUGCUGGAUGGGGAUCAACCGAAAGAGCGACAAGCAGAGUCCUCCGUUGAUUUCAAAGGACGUUUGGUAUAUGAGUUGCGCCCAGCAUCUGCGGGUGGUCAAGGGAAGCGACCUGCACUCAUUGUUUCCAUCCCAGAGGCUCUCCUUCCACCACAAGUCUGGUGCGCAUCCAAGAACACCAUCGGCAACUCCAACCAACUCCCCAGCUCAUGCAGCAACGCCGAUUCGUCUCGUCUUGAGGGGCAAUACAGUACGCACGCUCCCUGCGGGCAUGCCGUUAACUCCAUCGCCAUCCGAUGCGUCGACACCGAAAACACCCCCUACCCAACAAUCCCCGUUGGACAUCCAUCCUGCCAACAGGCCACGAGGCAGCCGCCCGCCGCUUUCUGA